AUGUCAGCACCACCCGUUGACCACCACCCACCACCACAAUCCUCCGCCAUUCCAAGAACCAUAAACAAAAACUGGUGGCUGAGAAUGGCGACACACAUCCUCUGCGUCCUCUUUGGCCAAACCGCCGCCACCUUACUCGGCCGCCUAUACUACAACAAAGGCGGCAAAAGCGUUUGGCUGACGUCACUAGUGGAAACCGUCGGCUUCCCUGUUCUAAUCCCCUUCUAUCUCCACUUCAAACCAUUAACAUAUCAUCAAUCCACACAAACUAAUCGAAGAAACCCACCUUCCAUUUUAAUCCUUUCUGCAAUUUACAUCUCUCUCGGAGCAUUACAAUCGCUAACAAGUAUAUUAUACUCAGUAGGAUUAUUCUACCUUCCAUUAUCGACAUUUUCACUCAUCAGCACAACCCAGCUCGCUUUCAAUGCGUUCUUCGCAUUCUUCCUAAACGCGCAGAAAUUAACUCCAUUAAUCGUGAAUUCGUUAGUUCUUUUAACAAUCUCCACUGUUUUACUAGUUCUCCAAAGCGAUUCGGAAGAAACCCAAGUCGGGAUUUCCCGGAAACGGUAUUUAACUUUGGGAUUCGUGUGCACAGUCGCUGCAUCUGCUUUAUAUUCAUUAGGUCUUUCAUUAACGCAAUUAUCGUUUCAGAAAGUGUUAAAAGGAGAAACUUUCACCAUGGUAUUGAAUAUGAUUAUGUACCAGUCGUUAGUGGCGUCGAUUGUGACGCUUUUGGCACUUUUCAUCAGUGGUGAAUGGAACGAUUUGCAGGGCGAGAUGGUGAAUUUUGAAUUGGGGAAGAUGGCGUACCUGGUUAUCAUGGUUUGUAUAGCGGUGGCGUGGCAGAUUGCGACGAUCGGUGGAGUUGGGUUGAUCUUUGAGGUGUCGUCGCUUUUCUCGAAUGUAAUCAGUACGUUGGCUUUGCCGAUUAUUCCGAUCUUAGCGGUUGUUAUAUUUAGGGAGAAGAUGAAUGGGAUGAAGGUGAUUGCUACUGUGUUGGCGAUUUGGGGAUUUGCUUCGUAUGUUUAUCAGCAUUAUCUUGACGAAUCUCGGCCGGAAAACGGAGGUGAAGUCGCCGAUGAGGCUUCUGAAACGUGA